CUCCUCUUUUCCUCCUGCUGCUGACAAAGCCACCGACAGCCUCCGGGCGGCAGGCUCACCCGGUUCAUCCACAGACUCCCAGCCGCUGUCGGUGCCUCCGCGUCUGUCAGGCCCUGCUGUUGACUACAGAGGAAUUUCACCUCUGGAUCGGAGUUAAAAACAUUUACGAUAAUGCCCACAAUAAAACUGCAGAGCUCUGAUGGAGAAAUCUUCGAGGUGGAUGUUGAGAUAGCCAAGCAGUCUGUUACCAUCAAGACUAUGUUGGAAGAUUUGGGAAUGGAUGAUGAAGGAGAUGAUGAUCCAGUUCCCCUCCCUAAUGUGAAUGCUGCUAUACUCAAGAAGGUGAUUCAGUGGUGCACUCAUCACAAAGAUGACCCUCCUCCUCCUGAGGAUGAUGAGAACAAGGAGAAGAGGACAGACGACAUUCCUGUAUGGGACCAGGAGUUCCUCAAAGUGGACCAAGGCACUUUGUUUGAACUCAUUCUGGCCGCCAACUAUUUGGACAUCAAAGGCCUGUUAGAUGUCACCUGCAAGACGGUGGCCAACAUGAUCAAAGGCAAAACCCCGGAGGAGAUCAGGAAGACUUUCAACAUCAAAAAUGAUUUCACAGAGGAGGAGGAAGCCCAGGUACGCAAAGAGAACCAGUGGUGUGAAGAGAAGUAAAGGGGAGGAUCCUGCCAACACUACCACACUGAAAAGGAACUGUCCCUGCUAACUGGUUGCACUGGCGUUGUUCAUACUUGUCAAUAUUUAGUAUAUUUAGAGCCACAUACCUACCACCCUCCCUCCCUCCUCCCUCCCUCAAUUCCUGUAUACCAAUAGCAUGACCAUUUUAACUUGCCUGUGUGUUGUCAUUAAUUUAAAUAAAAAUGCUCUUUCGUUUCCACACUCCCGAAGAAAAAAAAAAUAGUUCUGGUUUCAUGGCUUUGUACCCUUAAAAAUUAGAAGACGGCCCUUUCAUAUUUUCCCUGUUGCAAUGGUUGUCUUUUUUACUGGACAUGUUUUUCUUUUAGGUUAAUUGAAUAAAAUGGCUUUUUUGACAAUGGAAAUGAGAGGGUGAAUAUUUUAUUUUUGCUCUGUAAAUGCAUAUGUUCUGUGAAACCAUGUUAAGAGUGGAUGGGAUGUUCAUAGGAAAAGUUUAGUUUGAGGUGGAAAGAUGUUUUUAUUUCCAUAAUGUCCGUUGGACUCGAAGUACUUGUGUUGUGGCACAGCAUUGGGUAACUCAUUCCUAAUUCAUGUAUUGAAUUGGAAACUUUUCUCAGAUAAGCUCUGAUGCUGGCUUUUGGGAUGAUCAAACGUAUAUUGAAGGAGUAAAUAAAACACAUAAAAAGGUU